AUGUGGCCUCCAAUUUAUAAUUUACCGUUACCAGAGGUCAAAUCUUUCAUUGGUGUUAUUUUCGCCGUGACUGGAAAUAUUUUGAUUUCAAUCGCCCUCAACGUUCAAAAAUACGCACAUAAUGAGUUGGAAGAACUUCAACUCAGCAAAUUACGUCCUGCGAACUAUUCAACUACUAAUCGUUCGCACCGUCCACCUUCUGACAGAUACGAAGUUCUUUUAAAUCCUGAAACGGAUGACUAUCUAUAUCUGCAUUCAAAGGCUUGGUGGCUUGGUAUACUGCUUAUGAUAACCGGGGAGGUGGGCAAUUUUAUUGCCUAUGCUUUUGCUCCAGCUUCUUUAGUAGCACCAUUGGGAACAAUUGCUUUAAUAUCAAAUGUGAUUCUUGCUCCAAUUAUGCUUAAAGAAACUUUUCGAAAGCAAGAUUUAUUAGGGAUAGUAAUCGCGAUUUUUGGUGCUAUUGUCGUCGUCAUCAACUCUAAAGCUGAUGAGGUUAAGCUGGAUCCUGCUGCGAUAAUUGCUGCCUUGUCAAAAACAAACUCUCUAAUAUACUUUGCCAUAACCAUCUCCCUUAUAUUUUUUCUAAUGUCAAUAUCUGAUGAGAUUGGUCCACGUUUUAUAUUUGUUGAUUUAUCGUUAGUCGCGUUAUUUGGUGGUUAUACCGUGUUAUCGACGAAAGCAAUUUCGUCUAUGCUUACCAUGACAUUUGUUCUGAUGUUUGAAGCAGGGAUAACUUGGGUUUUAUUGUUUGUAUUAAUCGUGACUGCGGUUGCACAAAUAAAAUAUCUUAAUAAAGCAUUGCAAAGGUUUGAUUCAACGCAAGUAAUUCCCACACAAUUCGUGUUAUUUACUAUAUCCGCGAUAAUUGGGAGUGCAGUAUUGUACGAUGAUUUUGCAGAAAUGGAUUUUUGGAAAGGUCUCUAUUUUUUGGCUGGAUGUCUAAUGACUUUUUUUGGCGUGUUUUUUAUUACCUCGAACCGUAAUAAACCGGUACUAGGAGAUCAUCAAUUAGUAAGACAAACACCUUCUCGUGUAGGCAGUCUACUCAUUGAUCCUUUUCAUCAUCCUGUUCGGUCAGAUAGUCAUGCUAUGUACAAUGGAGUUAAUGAUUUGGAAAGUAGUUAUCAUCCCUAUUCUCUUUAUGGUAGUCAACGAACAAGAGCUACUAAUAUUCCACGACGACAUUCUCUGUAUUCAAACGAGACACAUUCAUCUACGCCUUUGUUGCAUGGCGAAUAUAAUCGACAUGAUAGCUUAUUGCGUACAAUGAUGCAUGGAAGAUUUUCCACUUCAUCUUUAACAGCAGGUGUAAGUCAAGCGUUGAAUUCUGUUGGUGCUCGUCAUUCGCAUGCACUUGGAUUAGGUCAAGUUUUUGAGAAUUACUUGUUGAAAAUGGAGGAAGAGCAGAACAUCAACUCAAUAAAUAACGCAGACACCAAUGGUAUACAUAGGCGUAGUCUGUCAGUACCACCUCCCAAUGCAUCUCGACGCACCUCAUACACAAACUCUUCCUAUUACGAUGAAACAUCCGGCUACAACACUGAUUCAGUAAAUACAGAUGACGAGGUGAGAACGGUCAGUGGAUUAACGACAAGUUCAGCAAAUAGCAGCCAACUUGGGUAUUUGGCUACCGGGCCUCGCGAUCUUCAGUUAGCUAAACAGCCUCUUGGUUUGAUGGGUAAAUCAUCACUCAAAGUUAAAAUUGAAUAA